AUGACCGAUAACUCGACACCUAUUGCUACGGAUAGUCUAUUGGAAAAUGAUAGGAGGAAUGUCCCAAGAAAACGUUCCACCUUGGUCCCGUUCCUAGCUGUCGUCUUUAUACUUUUCGUGCUGUUGGCAAUCGCCUUUUACUUCGUCCAUACCCAUUUCAAGUACACUAUGAAUAACCGCUACUGUAAAAAACGAGUGAUUGGAUUUUACGAGGACGAGGGGUCUUCGGAAAUGAGGCAUACUCAUUUUGAUAAACUCACCCAUAUUGUUUUCUCUCACAAGUUUUUGAUUGAAAACGGAACGAUUGCAUUCAAAAAUAAAGACGCGUGGUUUCGCUUCUAUAAUUUGAAAGAUAUAGCAAAACUGUAUUGGAGUGGUAUGAAAGUGAUGAUUUCAAUAGGAGGAGACACGCAGUUUUCAGCAGUGAUGGCUAGUCAAUUGAAGAGAAGCAAACUAGCCGAUUCCAUUGUUACCUUCCUCGAUGAACAUAAAACCGAUGGUGUAGAUUUGUUCUGGAAAUGGCCAGCCGCUUCCGACAAGUCAAGUUACUUACUUUUUGUGAAGGAGCUCCGCCAAAAAAUGUUGAAAAGGGACAAAGCAUAUAUUCUCAGCGUGACAUCGGCGCCCGCGGGGAUCCCAGGUUACUGGCCGAAUGGCUUCGAUUUGGAGGAAAUGAUAAACUAUGUGGAUUUUAUGAAUAUUUUCUCAAUGGACUUUUAUGGACCAUGGGGAUCGCUAACCGGACCAGCGGCACCACUGUACCAUGGAAUUGCGCCUAGAGAGAACUUCACCGUGGAUUAUACCAUAAACUAUUAUGCAUGCAAGUUGAAGGAUACAAGUAAGCUGAAUAUUGUGAUCCCAAUGGACGCGAGGAUUUGGAGAAAUGUGAAAUCGGCGCAACCAGGAAGUGAGGUAUUCAAAAGAGCUGAAUUGGUCGGUGGCAAAGUUGAAGGAACGAUUUACACCUCCAGACUCGUUGCCGAGAAUGCUGGAAUAAACUUUGCUCCAUCUAAUUGGGAUGAGCAAACCAAGAGCUCAUAUAUCUUUGACGAGAAAUCUGGAAUUUUCCUAACCUUCGAAAACAAGAAGAGUAUUGAGGAAAAGCUGAAUUAUGUGAACGAGAAAAACUUGGGAGGAGUAUGGAUUCGAUCUGUCAAUAUGGAUGAUGGAUCGGUUCACCUUCUAGAUGAUAUCAAUUACCAGGAGAUUUGCUCUUCAAGAUCAACCGAUACCGUCAAUUAUCAAUGUGUAUAA